GGAUAAGGGAGAUCUUGGAUGGGGUUGGAUUGGGGCAGGAGAGGUUGUCUCCCGAUGCGAUUGGAUCUGCUCAGAUCGUGGCGAAGGUGGCCGAUCUGCUUGGGGUCAGGGACACUGAGACAAGCAGUUUUGCAGUGGCCAUGGGGGAUCUGUCACUAAGGAAGGCGGAUGUCGAGGAGAAGAGGGCAAAGGUGCAGAAGGAGUCCAAGGUUCUCCUUGAAUACACUCGGAAGGCAAUUGCAAAACUUAACGAUCUUAAGAAAACCUUUGUGAAGUUUGAAAGUGAUGUUGCUGCUCGAGAGGCUCAAAUGCACCAGUGGCAGACAAACAUGGCAAUAAUGGAUUCAAAAGAAAGGCAAUACAUACUGCAGCACUCCAAUUAUAAGGCUUUGCUAAAUCGUGCGGGCUACACCCCAGAGAUCAAUCAUGGAGUGUUGAUGGAAAUGGCUGAGCAUAGGAAAGACCUAGAGAAGAAAACAAAGCCAAUUUUGGACACCUUAAGGAGUUACCAGGACUUGCCUCCUGAUAAAGCUCUUGCUGCAUUGGCUAUUGAGGAUAAGAGAAGGCAAUAUGCAGCUGCAGAGAAGUAUCUUGAAGAAGUUCUGCAUUCUGCUCUAACCACACCCGAAUUAUGAGGUUGUAGCAUUCAUUCUGGGUUUUGUGAUGAAAGCUUAGCUGCAAGGUUUCUUAGCCAAACAUCGAGCAGAGUUCAUGUUUAUUGUUCAAUAUAUGCUACAAGCAUAAUUACAAUGUGGUAAUGUAUUUUUUUUUUCCUUUUUUUUUUGCUCUUAAUGGGUGCAUGUUCAUCCCACAUAACUCUAACGUAACGCAUGAUUAGUCUGACUUGAGAUUUCUCUCCUUGUAUAUACUGUUUAUUGAUUUACAUAUGGUCUGAAUUUUUGUUCCCCUGUCA